ACAUGUUAUAAUUACAUCCAUUCGAAUGCAUUAUCAAGAUAGGAAAGAAAAAUGGCCGUAUCGGAAGCAAUAAAAGCGUUUAUCUCCAGCAACAGGACAGUUUCAACUUCAAUCCUUGACGCCAGUACUGUGAUUGCAGUUUCAUUGUUCGUCACUCUACUUUGCGCAUCAAUCGUUAUCGGACAUCUAAUCGAGGAGAAUCGAUGGGCUAACGAAUCUAUCACGGCCCUCUUUCUGGGUUUGGCUUCAGGGGGAGUGGUUUUGUUGGUGAAUGGAGGUCGAAGUUCGCAGUUUCUUGUAUUUAGUGAAGAGCUUUUCUUCAUUUAUGUUCUUCCACCUAUCAUUUUCAAUGCUGGGUUUCAGGUCAAGAAGAAGCAAUUCUUCAAGAACUUCUCCAUUAUAUUGAUGUUUGGAGUGUUUGGUACCCUAAUAUCUUUCAUCCUUAUAUCCAUAGGUGCCUAUUUCCUGUUCAAGAAGAUCGGACUUACAUCCUUUGGUAUCAAAGAAUAUUUAGCUAUUGGUGCCAUAUUAUCAGCUACAGAUUCAGUUUGUACAUUACAGGUCCUUAGUCAGGAUGAAACACCAUUCCUGUACAGUGCUGUCUUUGGGGAGGGAGUAGUUAACGACGCUACCUCUAUUGUUCUUUACAAUGCAGUUCAAUCGCUUAACGUCAGUGAUGCUGAUGUUUUUACAGCUUUAAAAUUGUUGGGAACCUUUCUUUACCUUUUCUUCACCAGCACUGCUCUUGGAAUAGCUGUAGGUCUUUUAAGUGCCUAUGGCAUAAAGACACUUUACUUUGGCAGGCAUUCCACUGAUCGAGAGGUGGCCAUCAUGCUACUUCUGGCUUAUUUAUCCUACAUGAUUGCUGAGCUGUUAUCUCUUAGUGGGAUUUUGACAAUAUUCUUCUGUGGCAUUGUCAUGUCACACUACACAUGGCAUAAUGUUACUGAAAGUUCCCGAAUAACAACCAAGCACGCCUUUGCAACAAUUUCAUUUAUUGCAGAAACUUUUAUAUUCCUCUAUGUGGGAAUGGAUGCUUUAGAUGUUGAUAGAUGGGAGUCCACCAGUUCCAGUGCAGGCACUUCAAUAGCCGUGAGCUCAAGUAUGUUUGCUUUAGUGUUGAUUGGAAGGGCAGCAUUUGUGUACCCUCUUACUAGUAUUUACAAUUGCACUAAAAGAAGGGAAAGUGACAAAAUUACAUUCAGGCGACAGUUCAUUAUAUGGUGGGCGGGUCUAAUGAGAGGUGCUGUUACAAUUGCUUUGUCAUACAAUGAGUUCUCAUCUAGCUCAUCUUCUGAUGAAACAUCUUCCCAUGAGCAUGCCCUAAUGGUCACCAGUACUAUUACUGUUGUUUUGUUUAGCACUGUGGUUUUCGGUUCAAUGACAAAGCCACUUAUUGAAAAGGUGCUUCCAAGACAGGGAAAAACAUCCAUUUCUGAUGCUGAUCAGUUCACAAGCCUGGAAGACUUAAGACUGUUGUUCCUUGAAGAUGGAGAUCCCAAUAACAAUAAUGAAGGUGGAAGCAAUCAACAACCGCCGCCACCUAAGAGAAGCAGUUUACGGCUGUUAAUAACAAACACAAGUUCGACAGUCCAUUACUUUUGGAGGAAAUUCGAUGAUAGGUUUAUGAGGCCUGUUUUUGGUGGAAGGGGAUUUGUUCCUUUUGUUCCAGGUUCCCCAACAGGUGCACAAGAUCAAACUUCUUCUCCUUCUACAGCUCAAAUAUGAAGUCAUUAUUAGUAUUAUUUUUUGUGUAAGCGGGUUGUUCCCAGGGUGGCUAGCAUGACCCACAGUUAUGAUCCCCAUUAAAUCAGAACGAUUUUAGUUUGUUAGAUAAGACCCAUUUGAGAUAUCCUCGUGGGUUAAAGUCAGUAUCUGUAGUGUAUAAUAUAUAGAAAAUUUCAUUAAUUUGUAAACUGGGUUAGUGAAAGGUUUUGUAUUGUAUUUAUGGUAGUAGUAAUUUCAUUCCCAAAAACAAGUUUGUGAUCUGAGUGAAAUAAAUGGUAUCAUUCUUGUAGCUUAAUAAUGUGUGACUCAGUAGUUGGUAACAUUUUUACCCAU